CCGCCAGACGGAGUGUCGAACACUUAUACGCAGAAUGUUUUAGAUUUUCGAUUUUUUUUUUUUUUUUUUCGGGGGUGACAAUUAUCUACCCUGUCACCCCCCUGGCUCCGCCCCUGCGUGCGACAGCAAAGCCUCGUUCAUUCAUGUGGUGCUAUGUCGCAGGCCAUUGCCCGAAACGUCGCCUAUUAUGUGAUUGUCAUUUUAAGGCCACGCGGUGUUGACGAACGUGUUGAGUUGUCUGCUCCCCGGUUGAAGCCCCACUGCCACCACGAGUGGUUCGUUGCUGCAGUCCGUGGUCAAAUCUCUGUAAAGGUAAAGACGCGUCCCUGCUCUAAACAGCCCUUCCAGAGUGUAUUUGGCCUACUCAUCCAUGCCGGUCAGACGUAUUGGAAGAAGAGCUGGGAGUACCCACACUUUACCCCAUCACACGCACACUGCCGAUGAACCUGUUUCUGAAACCCAUCACGUACAAGGCGAUUUGUGAUUCGUGCACUGUGCUUAAUUUGCCACGAGGCUCACGUGGUCACUAAUCAUCGACAGCGAGCGGUGGCUGCGUGCGGGGUAAUCAGAAAUCACAAUUCGCGAUCUCGUGCUUCCAUACGCCGAUUGUAAGCCUACCGAAUAAAUGCGAUGAAUGAUUUGGAUUGCUGUGGACAAUGACUAAUGAGUGUUACCACGUGCCGGUAUCACUGCUGCUUGCGGUGCGAGUCACGACACAGCGAUCGCCGGCACGUGGCCUGCAGCAGCACAGGCGCGGAGUGGUGAUGGGGCCCAACUCAUUCCAGCAGCCACGCCUCCUCCACUGCGGGGAGCCCUCUCGAUGCGGACCACGGAGAGUCCACACCCACCUCUGGAGAGUAUUUCUGGCCGACUCGUCUACGACGGCCAGACGUAUCGGAAGCGUGACCACCUUUUCAUCCACUAAAAUCUGCGCAAAGAGUAAUUGCACGGCGUGUCACAGUUGUUAGAUUCCAUCUCAAGAUCUCAUGACGUUGGUUGUAACUGACAGCAUCUGCGUUAUGAGCGGUACUGAAUACAAAGUUGCAACGACUUACCGUCGUCUGGCAGGCUCGUGUUGAGUGAACAAUAUGCCACGUGGAUUACCCCUUGGGAUGUAGAAUCUCGUGUCUAAGUGUCCGGAGUAUCCAUUGACACAUGCAUAGCAAACACGUAAUGAAACGUUUACACAGACAAAGAUCCCCAGACUUUUGGGGCAAGUGCUGUUAGCGAGCACACGAAGGGGUGGGUGGCUAACACCACGCCCGGCCGCCUUUGUCUCCCCAGUGGCGAUGUUUUACACCUCACCAGGUACUCAUUUAAGGGUUCGUAGCAUAAUGCGCUAACCACUGCGCCACCACUCUCACAUUUACACUUGACCCACACAGGAAACACGUGAUAUCACAUAUACACAUUGUAAAUCUUAUAAUUAUGCAGUGAAUAUUAUACCUGGGCAUACACACACGCCUGUAAUGCACGCACGUGCAUUCAAUUACACAAAAUAAUAAAAUAAACUAACUGCGAAAGUGAUGACUUCAUGCAAUCACCAUCCCGCCAAUCACUCGGGAUCACAUGCAGCACAGCACUCAUUUUAUGGGUAGCAGCUGUUUAUUAUCGAGAGGUGUGAUUCUGUUCAUUUUUUUAAUGUUUCGGACGUAAAAUAUGUAGAGAAAAUAUACUCAAUCAAUGAUAAUUACAAAGCAUUUUUUUUUUAAAUAACCGGACGAAGCGAUUGUCGUGGACUUCAUAUCGUACGAUAUAUCGUAGCAUCGCCAUAUCGUUGCAUCCCUACUCCUCCAUCACACCUGGACCCACCCACACCUACGCAGGAAGACGAACCCAGGAUUCCCUCCCUCCCUGGCUGCGUGAGCGUCAACCACAGCGCACCGCACGCGGACAGCACUCGGCAUGGCGGACGACUCCGUCAGGUUCCACCCCGUGGUGAGGUUGUACAGGACCAUAAUUGAGGAUGUGAUUGAAAACUCCAUUGAGUUUUUUGUGGAAGAAGGAGUCGAAAAGACUGUCUUAAGAGAUCUAAAAAAGCUCUGGGAGCUUAAGCUACUGCAGUCGAAUGCAGUUGGCAGCUUUCCCGUCGACAAUCAACUUCUCCUGCUCAAAGCUCACGUGCACUUCCUGCAGAUCCCGUGUUCAACAAACAUCGUGGCCCAGAAUGGCAGGAACUUCCACCAGCUGCACACGACCAACUCGGCAGAGUCUACAGUGACCUGGCCAUGCACCAAUGUGCGUCCUGCGAUGUCAAAACCAGCGCCUCUCAAUGCAGAGCAGAUGCCAGAUCCAAACCACAACUACAAGAAGGUGGUUGUCAUCCAGUCGGAUGGCAGACUCGCCAUGUAUGGGCGGAACCAGCAGGUGAUCCAGCUGGGCCACCUUACCAUCUCCUCGGCUGGGCCCGCGCUGGGCCUGCCUGCGAGCACCGGCGGCAUGGCGCUCCACGCGCCGGCGCCUCGCACGUCGCAGGCCCUGGACCGUGCGGAGGACAAUGCCACGCAACCUCCGCCACAAGGCCGGGAACCUGGCCCACGUGGCGCACCCCGCCCUGCGGCGCCAGCGGCUGGAGACGCCGCAAAUCUCAAGCAGCCAGUGGAAAAGAUCCAGCAGCGAUGGCACGCCGAGGACCGAUCUGCUGUCGACAAGCGCGAGCUGGCAUCCCUGCAGAGGAGCGCCAGCCAACUGGCCGUGCUGGAGGAGCUGGAGCUGGCCGUCACCGGCUGUGUGAGCGCACAUAAGGAAGGACGAGGAGCGAUGGACUUGUCGGCGAUGUCGGAUCCCGAUUACCUCGACUCGCUGCUGGAGCCGCAGCUGCUGCUGGAGCUCGACGGGAGUGCGGCACCGCAAGAGGGAGCAGCGGCAGCAGCGGCGGCAGCUGGAGGAGUGGGGUCAGAGGUGGCGCCCAGAGUACAAGAGUGUGAGCCCAGCCUGGAGUCGUGGGGUGAGGGGGAGCCGUUCCCCAAUGUCGCGGAGGGCAGCGCUGCUGCUGCUGCUGCUCUGGGAGACGAUCGCCUCUAUCUGCUCAACAGCGAUGCGGAGAACUUGCUGGAAGACCUGCAAUUCGAAACCUCACCGCGGUUAAUAGAUCCCGACAGCUUCACUACGCACGCCGCAAUCGGCCUGGAAUCUCUGGGGGCUCUGUCGCACCACGCUCAAGGCGACUUCCAGAUGGACUUUGACUUUGACGGUGUGCUGAAUGUCAAGGAGGAGCCAAAAGUCUGUGGCCUGAAACCCUGCGGCACCAGCUUCGGCUCGGAGAAGGCGCGACGAGAUGCAGACGAGCUGCCCUUGCUCCUGCAGCUAGACGGUGCUGAAGACAGCUCCGAGGAGCCCGAGGGUCAUGACCUGAGCAGCACAACCACCACGAGCAGCGACGACAGCGACGGGGUGGACGACAUGGACGCCAAGUUCCUGGAAGAGGAGCUCGUUGUGGAGGAGGACCCCCUCAACUCCGGGGACGAUGUGAGCGAGCAGGACAAUUCUGAGAUGUUUGAUGUUGAUAACGUGGUGGUGUGUCAGUACGACAAGAUUCAUCGAAGCAAGAACAAAUGGAAGUUCCAUUUUAAGGACGGCAUCAUGAACCUCGAUGGACUGGACUAUUUCUUCUCCAAACUCGCCGGCGACGCCGAGUGGUAACUCAGAGCCUCGCUACACGCACGUGUGUACGCGCACACGUGUGUACGCGCACGUGCCCACGUGUGUGUGUACACACCCACGUGCACGCGCUGCUACGAGUGGCGCAGCAGCCCUUGUUGACUUGUGUUCGUGAGUUUAGGCAGAGUUGUGAUGCUCAACUUAAAAUUGAGUCAACAACUACAAUCUCAUUUGUAACAGUUCUGUGCCAUUUACCGAGGGGGGCACAUUGGUGAUAUUUCUUCCAUAAUCUCUUUAAAUGGUAGUUCCUAAAGAGUUGACUUCACAUGAACACUGGUUUAUUAUAUUUAAAUGAAAAACCCAUAUUCACAUUUGCCUUUGCGAUUUGCCCAGUAUUUGGUAAUGGAAACAAUGGCCUGUGUGGUCUUUGUUGUUGACAAAAAUUAGAUAAAUUAUAAUUUUCCAGUCUGAGGAACGGGUCCAUGAUGCACGUAGCAUGACCUGAAGAACGACUCACCGCUUCCCCGCUGCGGGUCCGGGUGAUACGGUGUUUGGCACGAUGUCCGAUGUUCCGCUGCACCUGCUUGGAGCUUCUCUCCGCAGCACAACCGCGAAAACUCGUAUUGUGCUUUAAAGUGCAUGGUUUUGUAAUGUUUAUCAUUGAUCACAUUCAUACUUGUACUCAUGCUAUUUUGUAAGAAUAUUAUAUUUUCGUGAUUUUUCAGCUUCAUUGAAAAGUGGUUGCAAGUACUGUAUAUAUUUUUUGUACAAAGUAGUGAACACACAUUGGCUGGUUGCUGAUAAUAAAUGCUUUGUAAAUUGUC